UUACUUGUGAGAAACGUUGCUCCUCCCGGUCAGCAGAUGGCGCUGUGUUCUGUCCUCGCUCGGCCUGACACCCACGUGGAGCAGUCAGUGGCAGCUGGGUUUGGCAGGACGGAUAUUCCUUUCUGGGUAACGGGAAGCCGCCUGUCACCAUGGCGAACAUACUAGAGGCCAUACUGACUAAUCUCCUGCAGCCGGACAAUGCUGUCAUCCAGCAGGCCACUGCUCAGCUGAAAGAAGCUGUAAAGGAUCCAUUGAUUAUUCCUGCACUGUGUGAUAUACUACGAGGUGCCCAAGACCCACAGAUUCGACAGUUUGCAGCAGUUUUAUUACGUAGACGUUUGAUUAAACUAUGGAAAAUGAUGCCUGUAGAUCAGCAAGAAGGGGUGAAGUCCCUUUUGCUAGAAGCUAUUCCAAAGGAACCAGAGCACAAAGUUCGAUGUGCUAUUGCACAGCUCUCUGCAGUUAUUCUGAGAAAUGAGAAGUUGGAGCGCUGGCCCCAGUUCAUCCAGUUUGUACUACAGGCAUCUCGCAGCAAUAUUCCAGAACAGAGACAGGUUGGUGUCUUGGUUCUGCGAUGUGCUCUAGAUCUCACUGCGGAAAUCUUCCGGCCCCACUUUCCAGAUUUAAUUAAACUUUUUAACCAUACUCUUGUGGAUCUUCAGAAUGCACCUUUGCUGUUCUAUUCUAUUCAGUCUUUGACAAGUAUAGUGCCCAAGCUGGUUGGCAAUGAAACAAAUAUAUUGAGGUCUUUGAUCCCAAAGUUGGUGACAGCAAUCAAGCAGCUAAUACAGGUUAAUGAGGUCCAGGCCUGUGAAGCAAUGGAAGUAUUUGAGGAACUUAUGGAAAGUGAAGUGUCAGUCAUUGUUCAUUACCUGACAGAGGUUAUUAAUUUCUGUCUUGAGAUUGCUAUAAACAAAUCACUGUCUGAUAACCUCCGUGUGAAGGCUCUAUACUGUAUUCGCUUCCUCAUCAAACUAAAAAGCAAAUCCAUAUUGAAGCAAAAGCUGCUGCCUCAGAUUUUGAAUGCUAUUUUCCCUAUCAUGUGCACUGAGCCACCCCCUGGGCAGUUGGAUCCAGAAGAUAAAGAGGAUGAUGAUGAUGAUGAUGAAUUGUUGGAAGAAGAAGCAGAGAUGCAGUUACCUAAACACUAUGCAGUCCAGGUGAUUGAUAUACUGGCACUUCAUCUACCUCCUGAGAAAUUGUUUUCACAAUUGACUCCACUCAUGGAGCCGUGCCUUCUUAGUUCGAAUCCCUAUGAACGCAAAGCUGGUCUUAUGUGCCUUGCAGUAUUAAGUGAGGGCUGUGCAGAUCACAUCCGGAACAAACAUCUUCAGUCUAUGCUACAGCUGGUUUGUCAGGCCAUCACAGAUGAAAAUCCAGUAGUCAGGAAUGCAGCACUUUAUGCAUUGGGGCAGUUUUCUGAACAUUUACAGCCGGACAUCAGUGGUUAUUCGGAGUCUGUGCUUCCAUUGCUCUUGGAGUAUUUGUCUCGUGUGGAUCCAUCUCAUACGGCUCACCUUACCAAGGCUUACUAUGCUCUUGAAAACUUUGUAGAGAACUUAGGUAGUAAGAUUGAGCCAUACCUUCCUACCUUGAUGGAGCGAAUAUUGAGAUCUCUGAGCAGCUCAGAUAAUGUCAGGUUGCAGGAACUUUCCGUGAGUGCGCUAGGUGCCAUUGCCAACGGAGCAGAGCAAUUGCUUUGCCCAUAUUUUCCUCCAAUAAUAGAAGUAUUAAAAGUUCAUUUGACACAGACAGCAGAAGAAGGAAGACCUGUUCAGAUUCAGUGUUUACAAACCCUUGGGGUUCUGGUCUACGCAUUAGGUAAAGAUUCCUUUCUACCAUUGGCAGAAGACUGCUGCCUCCUCGGGCUCAACUUGUGUGACAGAAUUGAUGAUCCAAAUAUGAGAAGCUGCGCCUAUAGUCUGUUUGCUGCUCUUUCUGGAGUUAUGGAAGAUAAUAUUUCUCAUCAUCUUGAAAAAAUUACAACUAUGAUGUUACUGUCUCUAAAGUCAACGGAAGGAAUAGUGGUCCAAUAUAAUGAGAAUCGCUCCUUCAUGUUGUUUGAUGAUGAAGCAGAUGAAGAGGAUAUUGCCAUUCAUGAAGAAGAGGAGGAGGGAGAUCCAGAUAUUGAAGGGUUUAUUGUGGAGAAUGCAUUUGUUGAUGAGAAAGAAGAGGCAUGCUCCUCUCUAGGGGUGAUUGCCGUACAUGCCAGCUCUUCAUUUUUCCCUUAUCUUGACUCAUGCUUCCAGGAGGUAUUUAAACACAUUGAGUCACCGCAUGCCAGUGUCCGAAAAGCUGCAUAUGAAGCUCUGGGAAAAUUUGUGUGCUCGAUGCAUCUUGUGUGUCAAAAGAACCCCAGUGAUCCUAAUGCAGAAGUUCUGCUUCAUCUUCUGGGAGUUGUCAUCCCUACCUAUCUGCAGGGUGCAGUGCAAGAUAAAGAACGUGAAGUGGUGAUGACCAUCCUAGAGUCUUUAAACAGUGUACUUAAAGAUGUAAAGGAACCCUGUGUAAGAGGACCUGAGCAGCUUGAAAAAAUUUGUGAUGUCAUCAAAGCAGUGCUACAGAGCAAGAUUGCAUGUCAAGAUGAAGCUGAAGAUGGAGAGGAUGAGCAACAGGCAGAGAUGGAUGCAAUGUUGAUGGAGUCGGCAGGGGAAGCAAUUCCUUUGGUUGCUGCUGCAGUUGGUGGUGUGACAUUUGCUCCAUAUUUUGCAAGUUUUCUUCCACUGCUCCUCAACAAAACAAAGUCCAGUUGCUCUCCUGCAGAUAAGUCUUUUGCAGUUGGUACACUUGCUGAAUCCAUAGUAGGUCUGGGAGAGGCGACUGCUCAGUUUGUGGCGCAGUUAUUUCCUGCUCUCAUCGCUGGAGCCCAGGAUGUAGAUGAUGAAGUUCGCAGUAAUGCCGUAUAUGGACUUGGGGUGCUUGCAGAACACGGAGGCGCAGCUAUGCUUAAAAAUUUCCCAAAACUACUUACUAUAUUAUCCUCUAUAAUUAUCUCUGAGAAGAGUGCACGAACCGUGGACAAUGUGUGCGGGGCAGUAAGUCGUAUGAUUCUUAGACAUCCUGAAGGUGUUCCUGUGGAGCAGGUGUUUCCAGUGUUAAUCCGUUCAUUGCCACUGAAGGAAGAUUUUGAGGAGAACUGUACAGUGUUUAAGUGCAUUGCAUUCCUGUAUGAGAAAAAUCCUUCACAGAUUGCUGUAUACAUGAAUGACAUUGCUAGAAUAUUGGGUCAUGUCUUGGGAACAACAGAGAUUAUACCAGACACAGAGCAAAUCCUAGUUAUUCUAUUGAGAAAUGUGGCCCAGCGUUUUCCCCAGGAAUUGCAGAAUGCUGUGAUGUCUCUUCCUGAUGAAACAUCUUCCAAGCUUCGCACAGCUCUUGGCUGUGACUAAAGACCUUGUUGCAGUAAGUCUGCCCGUGGUUCAAAUAAACUUCCAGUUGUGUAAUCCUUUCACAAGAAAUUCUGUCAUGCUACAAAGUGUUUCCUGACCACAGGAGGACUGGACAGGAUGGUUUCCAGUAAUGUUCAGUUUGCAGUUGAUAGUUCCAGUUUGCACCCUGGUUCCAGAGGACUCUGUUCUUAUGAGAAGAGAAGUUUGUUGACAGACACUAAUAUAAAGUUUCUGUACAUCUCUAUGGUGGGCUAUGUGGAAUGCAUUUUUACUACAAAGCUUUGCCUUUGCUGUUCAAACUAAAGCAAUAAAAUGAGAUGUUUUGUUCAAACUAUA